AUGCGCCUCUUUCUCCUUCCCCUCACAACGCGACAAGCCCUGAUAUACUGUCGACGCGCAGAACAGAAGUCCUCUGGCAAUGUGAAAAUCGUCGAUCGCUUAACCAAAAAGGCCGCGGAGACAUGGGCAGAUUGGGAGGCCGCUGACGGAGGCUGGCGGAAACAAUUGGUGAAAUAUGGCAAUCAAGGCCUCCAACGUAUUCCGUACCAGGAGUGGGCGUUGAAAAGCUUUCCUCCUUCGAAUCCGAAGUUGCAGGCCGAGCAGAUUGCAGAGAACAAGAAGUUUGACGUCAUUUACCCGGGGAACGUCAUGAAGCCGGAGGAUGUCCCCAAAGUCUUAGGAAGACUGGCUCGAGAGAGGAAGCAGCUGCACUGGAACCGCUUUCUUGGGAGCAUGGUUGCCAUGCCUUUUACAAUACCAUUCACCCUAGUACCCGUAAUACCCAAUAUCCCAUUCUUCUAUGCUGCAUAUCGCUGCUGGUCGCAUUGGAGAGCUUUAAAAGGGUCUGACCAUCUGGACUUCAUUUUGGAUAACCGCCUCUUCCGACCGGUUUCACCGCCAGAGAUCGAGGACUUGUAUGAACAAGCUGCACCUGAUGCCCCCGAUUUUACCUUUGUUACGCGCGGUCAAAUCCUGGAUGGUAGUGCGCCACCGGAGCAAAUCAUCCUUCCGGCAAAUAGCCACAACCUUGUCGCGAAGGCAACAGGCGUACCGGAAUUGAGUGGAGAAGUCGAGCGGGCUUUGUGGCAGAUAGAGCGACAAUUCAAGCGGGAAAAGUUGCAACAAGCGGAAUCACAACCCAAAGAAGACGCUCCCAAAUCUGAAGAGGGCGAGAAAAAAGAAUGA